GGGAUGAGCUCAUCUGCAGCCAACCGGCGGCGGCGGGGCGCCUGCCUCUCGCUCCGCGCCCGGGGAAGCCGUCCGGCCCCAGCGGCGGGGCGCGGCUCCAUGGGGCGGCGAGGUGGGUCCGCACCCCCAGGCUCCUGACUCCAGCAGGAUUGCAGGGCCUGAGCUGCUAAGAAUGUCCUGAAAGCAGCUAAGCCAUGAGCAGGGUCUCCCGUGAGCGCCAGGACUCAGAGUCCUGCUCCCGGGCACUCUCCCAGGCCCGAAUGUACCUGGAGCAGAUUCGGAGCCGCGUUGCUCCAGGAGGCCCUGAUGUGCAUGGAGCUGGGAAGCGGGAUUACCUAGUGGAUGCCGCAAAGCAGAUCCGCCUGGCGUUGGAGCGGGAUGUGAGCGAGGACUACGAGGAGGCUUUCAAUCACUACAAGAACGGUGUGGAUGUGCUGCUCAGCGGAGUGCAGGUUGACCCCAAUAAGGAACGUCACGAGGCUGUAAAACGGAAGAUCACGCAGUACCUAAAACGGGCCGAGGAGAUCUUUAACUGCCACCUGCAGCGGACUCUGGGGAAUGGGAGUUCCACUGCCACGGGCUAUAGCAGUCUUCGCUUUCGGCCCAUCAGGACACUCUGCUCAGCUGUGGAGAACCUGAGGCGCUGGAAGGUUGUGGGGGUGAUUGAGAAGGUGCAGCUCAUCCAGGAUCCAGCCACUGGAGGGACCUUUAUACUUAAGAGCCUCCCCAAAUCCCACCUGGAGAGCCGUGAGCGGCAGACGAUCAUCCCGCACGGAGUUCCCUUCAUGGCCAAAUUGCUGCACUACUAUGUGAGUGAAGACUCCAUCUUCCUUCACCUGGAGCAUGUACAGGGGGGGACACUUUGGUCCCAUCUCCAAUCUCAGCCUCGUUUACAGCAAGCUUCCUCCGAUGGCCUAAGGAGCCUAAACUCAAAGCCCAACUCAACUCUGGCAGGUCCUGGUGAGGAGCAGAGAGGAGGGAGCCAUUUGGGCGCUAGAUCCCGGUCCAGCCAGAGCUCCAGAUUCUACCCAGAGAAUGGCACUGACCUCCCAACCUCUGUGAAUCCCCACCCAUCAGAAAUUGCUGACCAAUCAUCCUCUCCAGAGCACACAGAUGCUAGACCAGGGAUAGGCUGCAGAUUCCAUACUGGACUCAUCAAUGGCCUGAGGGAAGUUACUGGGGGGAAGGAUUUAAGUGCAACGCAUACUAUGUUUGGUGUUCCCGAUUCUGUCUUUUUGGCAAUGGCCAAGGGACACAGCCAUCUGACCAACCAGUGCUUGAGCUUCCAGUCAUGUGACUUGUUAACCAACAGUGAUGGUGUCAGCAGCGUAUCAAAGAGGGAAACUUCUCAGCAGGACCUAAGGCUACAGGCUGGUGAAAGGCUGCUCCAGUCUCCUUCAGCAGCCUCGAAGACUAUGGGAGGAGGCUGCUUGGUGAAGGUGGAACCUCAGGUUUACCAGGUAUCUGCUGCUCCCAGGGCUAGGCACACACAGCCUGCAUUGGCUCCCCCAGGACAAAGGCAACUGCACUCUGGCAACACCUUGCACAGCUCCAGGAAGUCCUACUGGUGUGACUCUGGGGGACAGGAGUCCUUGAGGAGUAUCUCAAGGGUCCGAGAAGGAGCAGGCCAUGGUCAAUAUAGAGAGCGUGCAACUGCGGGACAGCGUGGGCCUCCAGCCCAUCAGACUUUCCAAGGGGAUGGCCAGAGGUCCUGGCAUGUGAAUGAGGAACUCAUUCAGCUGUGGGGAGCUGAAAUGCUCUUGGCUCUGGAGGGACUCCAUCAACAGGGGGUGCUGUGCCGGGACCUUAACCCCAGAAACCUGCUGCUAGAUGGUGCUGGUCACAUCCGUCUCACCUUCUUUGGCCAGUGGACAGAGGUGGAGCCGCAGUGCUGCAGUCAGGCCCUGGAAGAUAUGUAUAGCGCCCCAGAAGUGGGUGGGAUUGCUGAGCUGACCGAGGCCUGUGACUGGUGGAGCUUUGGGUCUCUGCUGUACGAGUUACUAACUGGAACGUCGCUGUCCCAGAGCCACCCCUCAGGGAUUCAACCUCACACCCAGCUCCACCUUCCAGAGGAGCUCAGCCUGCCUGCCGCAUCCCUGCUCACUGAGCUGCUGCAGUUUGACCCCAAGCGGCGCUUGGGCUUUGGAGGAGGCGGGGUCAACAAACUGAAGAGCCACCCCUUCUUCAGUCCUGUCCAUUGGAACAAGCUGGUUGGAUAGACAGAUGCAUGCAGAGCAGUGAGGAGUGAAGGACAGUGUUAUGGUGCUAGGCUGAGGGCCUGCAGGGUAGGGUCCAGGGAGAGAGCCAGAUCCUGCCAUGGAGGCAGAUUAUCCUAGUAGAUCACUGGGACCUGUGAUCCUAGGUGGUAUUUUCAUCUCUGGGGGAGGUCCACUUCUGCACAGGCUGGUUGUGUAGGUCUGUGGGGGAGGGGGGAGGAGAGAGGGGAGAGGUCUAAGUUGCAGCCUUGGGUUCUUCCUCCUGAGCUAACUUACAUUUGUGUUGCAGUAACAUUUCCAAGAGAUCAGGCCAGGAUGGAGUCCCUGGUCCUCCUGAGGUACUGCUCCCCACUUCCCUAAGGUCCUCCCACUUUUACCCUAUAUCUAACCCACCUACGUAUGUCACUGACCCCAACAGGUGUAAAGGUGGCAGUGCCAAGGGACCAAACUCAGUCCCCUGGGCAUAGUGCCUUUGCUGUCCCAUGGAUUCCGUGGGCAGUCUUGCCCCCAGCUCUAUGCUGUCCUUGCCUGGUGCUUUCCUGGAGACCCAAUUUCCAUAACUAUGAAUGAGACUAUCCCACUCACCCAGGGGCCUAGUGGGGCAGUAGCUUCCUCUGUAGACUUAGCCCAACAGGGCUGCCCCACUGGUGGGUUCUUUGGCAAGAACGACUGUUCUUUCACAGAGCGUCCACGCUGCCUGCCCUCGCUUGCGCAAGAUUUACAGUGCAGCGUGGUAAGAGAGGGCUUCUUGCGCAAGAGCGAUGCUCUUUUCUAACAAGUGUAAGCUCUCUUGUGCAAGAGGGCAGUGUGGAAGCGUGGCAGGGGAUUCUUGCACUAGUAAUCCCUAUGGCUAAAAUGGCCAUAGGAGUUUUCUUGCGCAAGAGAGUGUCCACACUGCCAUGGAUGCUCUUGCGUAAAAACACAUGGCCGCGUGGAUGUGUUCUUGCACAAUAACCCACCAGUGUGGGCAGAGCCUUGGUGUCUGGCCCUUUCUCUGCUCAUGGACUCCACUAGUUCCUUGGUUCUGCCUGAGGUUCUCAACAUAGGAUCCCCUAUUUCAGUUUCUCUCUGCUGCUGCCUGAGCCCAUUAUGGCUUACUGAUGCAUUCCCAAUGGCUACCACUAGAUGGUGUCUGGCAUUGUGCGUCUCAUCUGCUGCAUGUGCACUAGCAGCACUGGCCCAUGGUGUUCUGUGACAGGGCUGAGGAUGACCCUUCCUCAUAUGUGAGAGGCUCCCCCACAAACUCACCUGCUCCCAGUGAAUGUCUGAAAUCAAUAAAACAGCUUCACCCAA